AAAGUGAUUUUUUCACUGUUUAAUAGCCGGUUUAAUUGAUUUAUAAGGCGGGUUUCGAUACGGUUCUGGGCCGUAUUUUUCUUUCAGGCAAAAUGCGGUUGGCGUGCUUGUUUCUGAUAGUUUUAGCGGUCCGUUGCGGGGAUGCCGCGAUGACUGAGAAGCAAAUGAAGGCCGCAGUACGACUAAUUAAAAAUGCCUGCGUACCAAAAUCAAAAGUAACCGAAGAACAAAUCGAAGCUAUGCAGCAUGGGAAUUUCGACCUAGAGAAAAGUGCUAUGUGUUACGUGCAUUGCGUUUUAAACUAUUAUAAACUGCAAUUGCCCGACAAUUCUUUUGAUUGGGAAACGGGAAUCAAGAUUAUCGAAACGCAAGCGCCAUCUUCAAUAGCGAGUUUUGCGAUUGAUGCAAUGAAAGCUUGUAAAGACGCUGUCAAAACCCCCGGAGAAAAAUGCAAAGCCGCGAUGGAAAUUGCCAGGUGUAUAUAUGAGUUUAAUCCAGAAAAAUACUUCUUACCUUGACCUGACAGAUGUACUGACGGCCGUGCCAACUCUUUUAUCUUUGACGCAUGGUAUUGUUUUUUAUUUUAUUUAUCAACAAAGAGCAACAUAUUUAUUAAAAUGUUUGAUUAAUAAUAGAUAUUUUAAAUUAAAUGAAACCAAGAUAAGAUUUCAUUCUUAAAAGCUUCAUAUUUCAUACUAAUAAUAAAGAUUAUGGCAUUAUA